AUGACUAUGGACGCGGCCACACCAGUUUCCUUGUUUGAUGAUGUUGCCGCCCUCAAACUCACGAAUCCAGAUCUCAAAAUAUUUGUGAGUAUCGGCGGAUGGACAUUUUCUGACAAUAAUACCGAGACACAAGCGGUCUUUGGGGACAUUGCGAAGAGCUCAAAAAACAGAGCGACGUUUGCAAAGAAUGUGAUGGCGUUCUUGGACGAAUAUGGCUUCGAUGGAGUUGACCUUGAUUGGGAAUAUCCUGGGGCCGGCGAUCGAGGAGGCAAGAAAGAAGAUACCGACAACUAUGUCAAGCUUAUGAAAGACCUGCGCAGCAAGUUCAAGGAUUCAGGUAGAGACAUAGGUCUCACCUUCACGGCACCCUCAUCCUACUGGUAUAUGCGGUGGUUUGACCUGUCUGGGAUGCUGAAAUAUGCCGACUGGAUGAACUUUAUGACAUAUGAUCUACACGGUGUCUGGGACAGUUAUAAUCCAAUUGGCUCAAUCGUUCAGGCUCAUACAAAUUUAACUGAGAUCAAGCUUGCAACGGAGCUACUAUGGCGAGCAAAGGUCAAACCCUCACAAGUAGUGAUGGGAUUCGGCUUCUAUGGCCGGGCGUUCACUCUCACCGACCCAAGUUGCACAUCCCCAGGCUGCCCCUUCAGCGGCGGUGCCAACCCAGGCGUCUGUACAGAUACCAGUGGAUAUCUCUCGUACUAUGAGGUCCAGCAGAUUCUGACCAAGAACUACCAGCUCAAGCCCGUUCACGACAAGACGGCCGCUGUCAAAUAUUUGGUAUUCAAUCACGACCAAUGGAUCUCAUAUGAUGACAAAGAUAUCUUCAAACAAAAGAUCGACUGGGCAAAUGAUAUAGGCUUUGGAGGCUCCCUGAUCUGGGCUUCCGACUUGGAUGACUACUCAUGGACGGCCCACAAAGCACUCACUGGAAAUGACGAUAUUGGCAAAGAGGUUAGUUUGAUGCAAGCUGAUCAGCAGAAGCCCCUGAUCCAGGUGGUGGAUACCUACCUUGCGGGUGGUUGUCAUAAAUUCUCCGAGGAAGUGGAUUUGGAAAAUACACAAGCCGCAAGUUGUUCGCCACAGUUGAAAGUUGGCUACGAUACAGCUGGUUGCAAAGGUAAAGCGGGGAGCUGCGGUAAACCUAUCUGCUGCCCAGCUAGCAGCGGCUUGAAAAACUGCCAAUGGCGCGGUGGACCUGCUCAUGGUGACUGCAAUGGACAAUGUCAUGCUGGUGAAGUCAAAGUCACAACCUCGAGCUGGGGCGGUCUUCCAGGAGAGUCUGGCACAGGAAGGUGUGGCCGCGGUAGCAAAGCCUUGUGUUGUGAGAUGGGCACCUAUGACAGUCUCCUGGAUAACUGUUACUGGAGCAAGGGAGUUGGGAGCACAUGCAAAGAUGACGAAGAAAGUGUCGCCUAUCAAUGGGAUCGUACCGGAUGGGGCACAACCUUCAAGCACGGCAAUCAUUACUGCUGUCCAAAGAGCGAGCCUAUUCCACUUAAGAACUGCCACUGGGUUGGCAAGGGUGAUUGUGCGGAUAACACUUGCAACGCAGAAGAGGUGACGCUUGCCACUGACAACAUGGGUGACGCCUUUACUGGCUGUAGCUAUGCCAUGAAGACGUUGAACUGCAACGCCGACUUAUGCGAAGACGAGGAAGACGAAUGUGCCAACGAAACAGGAUUUAUUGAUUCGUCUACAGAUGGAUUUUCUUCUGUCAGUAAGCGUUCAUAUGAACUCUCAGAUGGAAAGGUUAUGUGGAGCUAUAACAGACCGGAGAUCGAAGAGAGAGCAAAACCGAACAUCAAACCAGGAGACCCUCGAACAAUGACAAUUUACCUCAACACCAUUCUGAGAUCAAGCAUAUUCAAAGAUUUGGAUCUAAGAACCCGGGCUUAUGCGACUGGAUUGAAUGUCCUGAAAGGCGAUGGAGCAUCCACGCUUCCCGUCCAAGGCGGAUUCGCACUUGCGAAGGAUAUUUGCUCCGCGACUGGUGUUCAAUUGAUCAAGGCUGCCGACCUUCCCAAAAAGGGUAUGCAUGCUGAGCAUAGGAUGGAGUUCAAUAUGAUAUCUCAAUUUCUCAAAGCCUGGUUGACCGGGAUAUUGCCCGGUGGAGGUCUAAUGAAGACACCGGUAGUUGAUCCUUAUAAGCUCCUGAGAGGUUGGCACCAGGUAUACGACGUGUCUUUGCCACUGGCCGGUGUGAAAGUGACAGAUGUUGUGGGAUGGGCAGCGGCGGUCACUCCCAAUGAUCGCAUUUUCGAGUGUUUCGGAUCCUUAAGCUAUCGCACAGGAAUGACAUUGCUUGAGGGUCCCAUGAAUUUGGCGAAGAUGCGUAUCUUCAAUGGCCAUAGGACAAUGGGUGCUGACAAGUGGAAGGACUUCCUUGCAGAUGCUGCAGAUGGCAAGUUGCAUGGAGCGAAGAUGAUUCUUGGCAAUCUUCAAACGACCAUCGGUGUAUGGAAUUACAUGAAACAUGAGGAGCUUGCCAAGGCCCUUGACGAAACCCGGGCUCAAGUGAUUACUGAGAUGGGAUACGCUGACAAGUAUAUACCGGACCUCAAGGGCAUCUCUUCCGCUUGGAAGGAGUUCGAGCCGGCAUUCUAUAAUAACAUUGUGUCAAUCUCUCACAAUUACGUGUCGAACCGAAUCACCGAAAUCGCAGCCAAAUUCCCACUGGGGGGCUCGGCUGGAAAUGAGGCUGUUGCAAAGUUGUUGUACGAGUCAGAAGAGCUGAAAAAGGCUCUUCCUCAGAUCUCAUUUCCUCUGAAGAAUUGA